AUGAAACUAAUUCCUUUGCUUAUGCUAGGCUUUAGCCUCCAAAUUGCCAAAUGUCAAGAGCCCAACAGUGACCAUUCUGAUGCUACAAUAUAUAGCGAGGAACAUUUUGGUCUGCAAUUUUCUCAAUGUGCUUCCCAAGUUUUUAGCGAUAUUGGUGGAUCAGCAUUGGACGAUGAUGACCAAAGCCGUUGUCAGUUGCACAGGGCCGUCUUUGAAAAAUGUUCUGGCGACUUGGAACACGCCGAUCCGAUGUACUACUUUAUUGCACGACUGUUGAAGGACGAGUACUGCUGGGCGGGACAAUCAGAUUCUGCUGAAAUUGCCAUCGGCGAAAGACUUUUAGAUCAUAUUGUGCGGAUCCUGAGUAAGGGCACACGGAGAGACUUGAGAGUGUUUUUCGAGACCACCGAGCUCAAUUCGCCAGCACGGUUGACCAAGCGUGGCAGCCCGUUCGAAUUCAUGAUCAGCGAGGAUAAAAAGUCAACGAAGAAGGCUGAACAGAAGGGUUCUGAGGAUGAGGCCAAGGCUCGGGCACUGGAGAGGUACAUCAAUCAACGCAUCGAAAAAGCCAAGGCAGAAAAAUCAAAGCAGCCUGAUGGCAAAACGGUUGACCAGGCCAAAAAGCUGACCAGUAUUUCCAAGCCAAAUCUCAAGACCACUCAAGCGGACAAAAUGCCCAAAACGCCCAAGCCAACGAGUCUUCCAAAACCAAAGAAACAGGGAAAGAACAACGGUAAGAAAGCCUCGCUUGCAACUACGCUGACCAGUGUUUUACCGGAACCUAUUAAGACCGCGAAAGUGAAGGCAGGUAACGUUGAUGUUUCUGACCAAGGAAUCUUUGACAAAAUUCGCGACAAGAUCGAAAAGCACAAGGGCCAUUCCGACGGCGAUGACUGCGACGACGAAGGUGCUACCCCUCCUGAGACCGUUGAGGUGACUACGACGCAGGUUAAAAAAAAGGUGCGCACAGAAACUGAAACGGAGACGGAUUACGACACCGAAACUGCAACAGACACUACAACGGUGUACAAGAUUACACAUCUUCCAACGACAAUGUACCAGUUUUUGACAAAGCACAAGUGGGAGAUGCUCACCAAGACCGAGUACGAGUAUGUCACCGACACCGAGUACGACACAGUCACCAAAACCUGUUUCGAUAUAGAGACCACCACCGAAAGAGAGCUGGAUAUUGAGCGCACAACCAAGACUGUUGCGAAAAAGACAAUCACCAAGUACGACACAGACACGGAAACAACGACAGAGACGGAGAUUGAGUGUAAAACUACAACUAAGGAAAAGACCAAGACGGUGGCUACGACAGAGCUGGCCACGACCACACAGACCGCCACAACUACACAGACCACCACCAUCACCACCUCCAUCACCGGUUCUGGCUCGGUCACGAUGACGUCAACUGUGACACUGUUCAAUGAGUUUACGUCGCGCUUCUGCUCCAUACUCGGCCGGCUGGGUGUCGAUUGUCCGUCGAUUCCUACACUGGCUGCCAUGCAGCUGCAACAGCGUGAUUUCGCGGAGCCAACGGGAAUUGCCUACGCCAACCAUUUCAGCGGAUCGAUCUCAGUUCCUACAACAACUGCUGAGGCUAGCAGGCAGUACAGUACGGCCAAAGUCACCGAGUCCAGGAACUCUACCCUGCAAACUAGCACGGUGGGUGCAUCGUCAACGGCCAGAAACGUGACGUUCCAAAACGCUGCCGGUGCGUCGCCGGACUCGAGUCUAUCAGCUGUGGUGAGCGUCGUUGGUUUCGUAUUUGCGCUUCACUGCUUUCUGUUUGAGUAA